AUGUUGAGGAAUUCGCUCUCUAGAGCAAGCACCAAGGCGCUCCGCGGUGCCCGGUGCUCCAUCGGUCUGUCGAAAAUAUCCAUCCCGACUGUUUCAACCAAGACGUCAUCAUGGAAACUCUCAUCCGCCCGUCGUCCUCUAUCUCGGACGACUGCGCGCUCAUACGCCACUGAUGCGACUCACUCUUCGCCGAACCCUGGUGACAACUUCCUCUCUGGCGGAGCUGCCAGUUACAUAGACGAGAUGUACAUACAGUGGAAACAAGACCCCAAGAGUGUCCAUGUAUCUUGGCAAGUCUAUUUCAAAAACAUGGAGAGUGGCGAUAUGCCCAUCGCUCAGGCUUUCCAGCCGCCACCUAAUCUGGUUCCGAAUAUGACCGGCGGCGUGCCCCGGCUUGCCGGCAACUUGACACUUGAAGAUGGUUCCGAUGUUACCAACCACCUGAAAGUUCAGUUGCUUGUCCGAGCCUAUCAGGCCCGCGGUCACCACAAGGCGAACAUCGAUCCUCUCGGGAUCAGGAACACUGCUGAGGGUUUUGGUAACAUCAAGCCCAAGGAAUUGACUCUCGAGCACUACGGAUUUACCGACGCCGACCUCGACACUGAGUACACCUUGGGCCCCGGUAUAUUGCCUCGCUUCAAGCGCGAGGGUCGUGAGAAGAUGACACUGCGGGAAAUCAUUGCUGCCUGCGAGAGGAUCUACGCCGGAUCCUGGGGGGUCGAGUUUAUCCACAUCCCCGACCGCGAGAAGUGCGACUGGCUGCGUGAACGUCUCGAGGUUCCCCAACCCUUCAAGUACUCCAUUGACGAGAAGCGUCGCGUUCUUGACCGGCUUAUCUGGAGUUCCAGCUUCGAAGCCUUUCUCGCCACCAAGUACCCCAAUGACAAGCGAUUCGGCCUCGAGGGUUGCGAGACCCUUGUUCCCGGCAUGAAGGCCUUGAUUGACCGCAGCGUAGAUUACGGUGUCAAGGACAUUGUAAUUGGUAUGCCUCACCGUGGCCGACUCAAUGUGCUGAGCAACGUGGUGCGAAAGCCCAACGAAUCCAUCUUUUCCGAAUUUGCCGGCACGCUUGGCGCGGAGGAUGAGGGUUCCGGGGAUGUCAAAUAUCACUUGGGAAUGAACUUUGAGCGCCCCACGCCCUCUGGCAAGCGUGUCCAGCUUUCCCUCGUUGCCAAUCCUUCUCACUUGGAAGCCGAAGAUCCGGUCGUGUUGGGCAAGACCCGCGCUAUUCAGCACUACAACAAUGAUGAGAAGACUCACAGAACCGCCAUGGGAGUGCUGCUGCACGGUGACGCCGCGUUUGCAGCGCAGGGCGUUGUUUAUGAGUGCCUCGGUUUCCAUUCUCUGCCAGCCUUUUCCACAGGCGGUACCAUUCAUCUCGUUGUCAACAACCAGAUUGGAUUCACCACCGAUCCUCGCUUCGCUCGAUCUACCGCAUACUGCACAGACAUCGCCAAGGCCAUUGACGCUCCUGUUUUCCACGUGAAUGCCGAUGAUGUUGAGGCAGUCAACUUUGUUUGCCAGCUGGCCGCUGAUUGGCGUGCUGAGUUCCAGCACGAUGUUGUCAUUGAUCUGAUUUGCUACCGCAAAUAUGGCCACAACGAGACGGACCAGCCUUCAUUCACCCAGCCUCUCAUGUACAAGAGAAUUCAACAGAAGGAGCCCCAAAUCGAUGUCUAUGUCAACAAACUUCUUCAGGAAGGUACCUUCACCAAGGAGGACAUCGAGGAGCAUAAGCAAUGGGUCUGGGGUAUGCUUGAAGAGAGUUUCAACAAGUCCAGGGACUAUACCCCAACUUCCAAAGAGUGGACAACGUCGGCAUGGAAUGGAUUCAAGUCCCCCAAAGAGUUGGCUACCGAGGUUCUCCCUCACCAUGCUACCGGCGUGGACAAGACCACGUUGGACCACGUUGGCGAGGUGAUUGGUUCCGCUCCCGAGGACUUUCAUAUUCACCGUAAUCUCAAGCGAAUUCUCGCAAACCGGACCAAGUCCGUAGUUGAGGGUAAGAACAUUGACUUCCCCACGGCUGAAGCUCUCGCCUUUGGUACUCUGGUCACGGAGGGAUACCAUGUUCGUGUGUCCGGCCAGGAUGUCGAGCGAGGUACCUUUUCCCAGCGCCACGCCGUCUUCCACGACCAAGAAAAUGAAAAGACAUACACGCCGCUCCAGAACAUCAGCAAGGACCAGGGCAAGUUCGUCAUCUCCAACUCUUCUUUGAGUGAGUUUGGCGCUCUUGGCUUUGAGUACGGCUACUCUCUGCAGUCACCAAAUGCAUUGGUGAUGUGGGAGGCGCAGUUUGGUGAUUUCGCCAACAACGCCCAGUGCAUCAUUGAUCAGUUCAUUGCCUCUGGAGAGGUGAAGUGGAUGCAGAGAACUGGUCUCGUCAUGUCCCUUCCCCAUGGUUAUGAUGGUCAGGGCCCUGAGCAUUCUUCGGGCCGACUCGAACGUUAUCUGCAACUGUCCAACGAAGACCCUCGUAUUUUCCCAACGGAGGAGAAACUUGCCAGGCAACACCAGGACUGCAACAUGCAAAUCGCCUACAUGACCACUCCAGCCAACUUAUUCCAUGUUUUGCGACGACAAAUGCACAGACAGUUCCGAAAGCCUCUUGUUAUUUUCUUCUCCAAGUCUUUGCUGCGUCACCCUCUUUCUCGCUCAAAUAUCGAGGAAUUCACUGGUGACGGCGCUGGUUUUCAAUGGAUCAUUCCCGAUCCAGAGCAUCAGGCUGGCAGCAUCAAGCCGCCCGAGGAAAUCGACCGCGUUAUCCUCUGCACUGGUCAGGUCUGGGCCAGCUUACACAAGCAUCGUGCUGACAACAAGAUUGACAACGUCGCCUUGACCCGCAUCGAGCAGCUGAACCCUUUCCCCUGGCAGCAGCUCAGGGAAAAUCUCGACAUGUAUCCCAACGCCAAGACCAUUGUGUGGGCCCAGGAGGAGCCUCUCAACGCCGGUGCUUGGAGUUUCACUCAACCACGUAUCGAGACUCUGCUCAACCAAACGAAACACCACGACAGAAAACACGUCAUGUACGCGGGCCGUAACCCCAGCGCAUCUGUAGCUACUGGAUUGAAAUCCUUGCAUAAGAAAGAAGAGGCGGAUUUGCUGGAAAUGGCAUUCACGCUGAAGCAAGACAAGCUGAAGGGCGAGUGA